GGAGUCCAGGUCACAAGGAACAAGUUUGAUAAGCCACCCAUGAUCCAUGUUUGAUGGCGGCUGGUCAUCCUAUCUAUGAACGGCGAGCAACGAUAGAAGAGCAGAAGUUUCAGAAACACUGACGCGUGCUUGCUGCCCAGUCUGGCCUUCAGCUUUUUUCAGAUCACGCUCCUCUGUGCUCUUUCCCAACCUAUACGGACCACACAAUCCACAGUUUUGUGUUAAAACCUCCAGGCUCCUCCAUGUUCAAAUAAUCCCUGCAAAGUCUAUAUACUCCUUUUCUGCGGGCAUAUCAUUACUAUCACAUGUGGUGAUCUGAGAACCUUACUCAUUUUGGUUUGGACCUUUGGCUUUCAAUAAUUCUUAUUAUUAUUAUUAUUAUUGAUGAAGGGGUUUUGGCCUCGAGCGGUGGGAGGUUUAGGUUGAUGCGUAAGCUUAGGUUCACAGAGUGAGGGGAGAUGAGUCGAUUUUUUUGUUUUAAUAUUUUUUAUUUUUCACCCGAGAGCCGGGUGACCUGACCCGUGUGUUAUUGUGGCCCCAUUGGAAUGCAAUCCCGUGCGUCCUUUUCUUAUCUCCUUUCAUCUCCUUUCUCUCGUCCCCCAGCUUUUCGUGCUCUUUUCAACUCUCCUCUCCUUGGAUACUCAAUUCCGAUACCCGACACCGACAGUGCUGCUGCGCGGCUGCGGCUUUCUUUUUCUUCCUCGGGUUUCCAAAUUUCCGGCCCUGCUUGCAAAUCCAGAUAGAUGAUGAACAUGAUGAUGGGAUUUAUUUGCCGCUAAUUACUGGAAGGUUCUAAUUCAGAAUCAGAACCUAAGUUUAGUUUUCAGUUAAGUAUCCCUCUUUUAUGCUUGGCGCUGGAGGCAACAUCAUGGAACCACCCUACCCACCACUUGAUCCGAGACUUAACAAACCACCCCCAACAACCUCUGACGAAGCUAUUAAAUCGGAGACUCCGGCAUCGGAAGCAGCAGCAGCAGCAGCAGCACUAGCAGCGGUGGCGGUAGGAAUGCCCCCUGUUACUACCACUACUACUACUACUAAUAAUAAUAAUAAUACUGAUAAUAGUAUCAGUAUUAGUUGUGGUAACGGUGAUGAGGCGAUGGUGAUGGGGGUCCUGGAGGUAUUGAUCCACCAAGCUCGUGAUAUCCACAACAUCUGCAUAUACCACAAACAGGAUGUUUAUGCCAAACUGUACCUGACAAGUGACUCCCAUCUCACCACCGUUUCCACCCGGAUCAUCAACGGAGGUGGCAGGAAUCCUGUCUUCAACGAUACUCUCCGUCUUAACGUUCGCACUCUCGACUCCUCCCUCAAGUGCGAGAUUUGGAUGCUCAGCCGAGCCCGGAACUAUCUCGAGGACCAACUACUCGGCUUUGCGCUCGUCCCUCUUUCAGACGUUGUGUUGGCCACCAAUGCAACGUUGAACCAGGAAUUCUCUCUCUCCUCUACCGACCUCUUCCAUUCUCCUGCUGGUUUCGUUCAACUCUCCCUCUCCUACCAUGGAUCUUUUUCGCCAGAGCUCAUGUCCAUCAAUGACACCACCCUGCCCGACGCCUGCUGCACUGAUGACCUCCAUGUCCCUGUUAUGCUCCACAAGAUUGAGUUCCCUGACUUGAAGGUUGUCAAUGAGAACCAGAUGAUGGUUUCUGAGUACUUUGGUAUCCCAUGCUCCUCCGAGAGUCCCCAGAGUAUGAAUAUUUCUUCCCAGAACGGUGCUAACCUUAAUAAUGAGGAUGACGAUGCCGCUGGCGUCAGGGUCGUCGAAAGCUUCUCCACGGGCAGUAAUGGAGCUGCUAACAAGCAUGAAAAUGAUACUACUAAUGGUACCCCUCUGAGCAGCGCUUCGACCGCGCCACCAGCCAUUUCAAACUCAAUGACUUGCAGUACUGAGACUGGUGCUUGUCCGAGUCUGAAAGACAAAAGCGUUGAUGUUUCUGAGAGUGAGGUUGAUUCUUCUUCCUUGUCCUCGGGGUCUGGGGGAGGAGGAGCAGGAGCAGGAGCAGGAGCAGGAGCAGGAGGUAUUUCACCUUUAGUUUCAGACAAGGGAUUUCCCACACCAAUCAUCAAGAUUGACAACAUUGAGCCAGAAGAAACUGUGAAGCAGCAAGAGAUUGUAGACAUGUACAUGAAGAGCAUGCAGCAGUUCACAGAGUCAUUGGCCAAAAUGAAGCUUCCCAUGGAUAUCGAGAACAAUGCUCAAAUUGUUGAGAACCAGAACUCGGAAAACAGCCAGUCCCACGUUUCCAAGGGGACCACCGGUUCCAGAGUGUUCUACGGAAGCAGAGCUUUCUUCUAAGGCUUUUAAUUACUUCUAAUUUGUAUUUGGCCUUCUUGUUAUCUUCAUAGUCUUAGUUUGGCUACUUUGAUGUUUCUUCUUUCUCUUUCUUGUUUCUAACGGUUGUUGUUUGCCUGACUGGUUGUUGGUUCUUCAAUUUCUCCUGUUUCUUUCCUCGGUCUGUUGUAGCAUUGUGUUCUAUUUCUGUAUUUUCUGCUGGAAGUAUCUAUCUAGUAUUGCCUUAUAUGUGCUUGACUUAA